CAGCUGGCGGAAGAGGAAGUGGCCGGUCAGGAGCGUAUUAUGGCCUUGGCUGUCUCAGUUUGAUCUGUUGCCACCAUGGCUGGCGAGGCUUUUCCGAAAGCCCGUGACACCCCCUUCUCAUCCGACAAGCACGCUCAGCUCAUCCUGGCCCAAAUCAACCGGAUGAGAAAUGUACAGGAUUUUUGCGACGUGCGACUCCAAGUGGGAGAAGAAACAUUCGGGGUCCACAGACUGGUUCUGGCUGCCAGCAGCCCCUACUUUUCAGCUCUGUUCACCGGGGGAAUGAAAGAAUCGUCCAAGGAUGUCGUGCGGAUUCUGGGAAUUGAAGCGGGAAUUUUCCAGAUGCUUCUGGAUUUCAUUUACACAGGUGUGGUGGACAUAGGGGUGAGCAACGUUCAGGAGCUGAUAGUCGCGGCCGACAUGCUCCAGCUGUCCGAAGUGGUGGACCUCUGCUGCGAGUUUCUGAAAGGGCACGUCGACCCCCUGAACUGCAUCGGGAUCUUCCAGUUCUGCGAGCAGAUCGCCUGCCACGACCUCCUGGAAUUCACCGAGAACUACAUCCACGUCCACUUCCUGGAGGUUCACCGCGGGGAGGAGUUCCUGGGGCUCACCAAGGACCAGCUGGUUAAAAUCUUACGGAGCGAGGAGCUCAGCAUCGAGGACGAGUACCAGGUCUUCUUGGCGGCCAUGCAGUGGAUCCUGACGGACCUGGGGCAGAGGAGAAAGCACGUGGUGGAAGUAUUGGAUCCAGUCCGCUUCCCUCUGCUACCUCCGCAGAGGCUUCUAAAGUAUCUAGAAGGCGUUUCUGAUUUCAGUCUUCGGGUGGCAUUGCAAACCCUGUUAAAAGAAUACUGUGAAGUCUCCAAAUUUCCUAAGGAGAACAAAGUCUGCAACUUUCUUCAGACAUCCAAGGUUCGACCCCGCAAGAAAGCCAGAAAGUACCUGUAUGCCGUAGGCGGAUACACGCGGUUGCAGGGCGGCCGCUGGAGUGACAGCAGAGCCCUGAGCUGCGUAGAGCGCUUCGACACUUUCAGUCAGUACUGGACCACCGUGUCCUCCCUGCACCAGGCUCGCAGCGGGCUGGGCGUGGCCGUAGUGGGAGGGAUGGUCUACGCCAUCGGAGGGGAGAAGGAUUCCAUGAUUUUUGACUGCACAGAGUGCUACGAUCCCGUAACUAAGCAGUGGACCACGGUGGCUUCCAUGAACCAUCCUCGAUGCGGAUUAGGCGUGUGUGUGUGUUACGGCGCUAUCUACGCUCUGGGUGGCUGGAUCGGAGCGGAGAUAGGGAACACUAUCGAGCGGUUUGAUCCCGAAGAAAACACCUGGGAAAUCGUAGGCAACAUGGUUGUGCCUCGUUACUAUUUUGGGUGUUGUGAGAUGCAAGGUUUAAUUUACGUGAUCGGGGGCAUCAGCAACGAAGGAGCAGAGCUGCGAUCCGCCGAAGUUUACGACCCCCUCUCCAAACGCUGGUCUGCUCUUCCCCCCAUGGGGACGAGGCGGGCCUACCUCGGGGUGGUCGCCCUCAAUGACUGCAUCUACUCCAUCGGAGGGUGGAACGAGACCCAAGACACGCUCCGCACAGUGGAAAAAUACUCCUUCGAGGAGGAAAAAUGGGUUGAGGUGGCUUCGCUGAAGGUACCAAGAGCAGGGGCGUGCGCCGUGGCCGUCAACGGGCUGCUUUACGUUUCCGGAGGGCGAGCUUCCAGCCACGAUUUCCUGGCUCCGGUGACCCUGGACUCGGUGGAAGUUUACAACCCUCAUUCCGACACGUGGACUGAAAUCGGCAACAUGAUCACCAGCCGCUGCGAGGGAGGCGUGGCUGUCCUGUGAAACGAACGGCGGACCGGGAGAGAAAUCUGGACGGAGGGGGAAUCUGGCCUUCUGCGGGCGAAAAUAGAGAUUUUUUUGUUGUA